GCCUAAUCAAAGGGGUCCUUUCCCGCACAAGGAAAUCAUUUUUACUUAUUAACACAAGUCUGAUGUUUAUGUUGACAGAAAUCGAAGAAUGCCUGCUGAGGGCAAGAGAUCAUUAAACAUGGAUGAAAAAGAGGUGAGCUCCUUUAGUAACAAGGAGAAAGACAGGGAUGGUGAUAGACGGCCCGCCUCCUCCCGGGAUAAAGUGAAGGAUGAGGCAAAGAUGAGUGGCAAGAAAGAUAUUGGUAAGGCUGCAGAGGAAAAGAGGAGGCGGCUUGAGGAGGACAAAAGAAAGAAGGAAGAAAAAGAGCGGAAACGGAAAGAGGAGGAGAAACAGAAGGCAGAGGAGGAGCAGAGGAAGAAGGAGGAAGAGGAGAAGAAGCAGCAAGAGGAGCAGGAGAGGAAAGUUCAGGAGGAGGAGGCCAAGAGACAGCGUGAAGAGGAGGCAGCUCAACUCAAAGAGAAGGAGGAGGGCCACCAGCUCCACCAGGAGGCCUGGGAGCGCCACCAGUGCCGGAAGGAGCUUCGCGUCCGCAACCAGAACGCCCACGAGGGCCGUCCCGAGGAGACCUUCUUUAGCCGCCUUGACUCCAGCUUGAAGAAGAACACAGCCUUUGUCAAGAAGCUGCGCACGCUCACCGAGCAGCAGCGCGAUGCCCUCUCCAACGACUUUGGCUCGCUCAACCUCAGCAAGUACAUCGGCGAGGCGGUGGGCUCUGUGGUGGAGGCCAAGCUGAAGAUCUCUGACGUGGGCUGCGCCGUGCACCUGUGCUCCCUCUUCCACCAGCGUUACGCCGAAUUCGCCCCACUGCUUCUCCAGGCCUGGAAAAGGCACUUUGAGGCGCGCAAGGAAGAGAAGGCACCCAACGUGAGCAAGCUGCGCACCGACCUGCGCUUCAUCGCAGAGCUCACCAUCGUAGGCCUGUUCACCGACAAGGAGGGCCUGUCGCUCAUCUACGAGCAGCUGAAGAGCAUCAUCGGGACGGACCGCGAGACACACACGCAUGUGUCAGUGGUCAUCAGCUUCUGUAAGCACUGCGGGGACGACAUUGCGGGCCUGGUGCCUCGCAAGGUGAAGGCUGCACGGGAGAAGUUUGGCCUGGCCUUCCCUCCCAGCGAGAUCAUCAACACGGAGAAGCAGCAGCCCUUUCAGAACCUUCUGAGGGAGUACUUCACCUCGCUCACCAAGCACCUGAAGAAGGACCACCGCGAGCUGCAGAACAUUGAGAGGCAGAACAGGCGUAUCCUCCACUCCAAAGGGGAGCUGAGUGAGGACAGACACAAGCAGCAUGAGGAGUUUGCCACGUCCUACCAGAAGCUGCUGGCUAACACCCAGUCUCUGGCUGACUUUCUGGAUGAGAACAUGCCAGAGCUUCCACUGGACAAGACUGUGCAGGAAGAGCACGGCCCUGGCAUUGACAUCUUCACCCCUGGGAAGCCCGGAGAGUAUGACCUGGAGGGGGGCAUCUGGGAGGACGAGGAUGCCAGGAACUUCUACGAGAACAUGGUGGACCUGAAGGCCUUCGUCCCCGCCAUCCUGUUCAAAGAUAACGAGAAGGGCAAGGACAAAGAGGAGGCUGCUGCUAAAGAGGCUAAAGAUGCUGCGGCCACCACAGAGGAGUUGGAGUUGGAGCUCGAGGCUCUAGACAUCGCUGAUGACCCUCUGGAGCUGGAUGGACCUGACGAGGCAGAGAACGAGGCAGAGCUCGCCAAAAAACUGUUGGACGAGCAAGGUAAAGAUGAAGAACAAGAGGAUGAGGAGGCAAGCACCGGGUCCCACCUGAAGCUCAUCGUGGACGCCUUCAUCCAGCAGCUUCCCAACUGUGUCAACAGAGACCUCAUAGACAAGGCUGCCAUGGAUUUCUGCAUGAAUAUGAACACCAAGUCAAACAGGAGGAAGCUGGUCCGGGCUCUCUUCACCGUUCCCAGACAAAGGUUGGAUCUGCUGCCCUUUUACUCCCGUCUGGUGGCCACCCUUCACCCCUGCAUGUCAGAUGUGGCCGAUGACCUGUGCUCCAUACUCAAAGGAGACUUCAGGUUCCACAUCCGGAAGAAGGACCAGAUCAACAUCGAAACAAAAAAUAAAACUGUAAGGUUUAUCGGGGAGCUGGCCAAGUUCAAGUUGUUCUCAAAAACGGACACUCUGCAUUGUCUGAAGAUGCUGCUGUCAGACUUUUCCCAUCACCACAUAGAGAUGGCCUGCACCCUGCUGGAGACCAGUGGACGCUUCCUCUUCAGAUCCCCCGACUCCCACCUCCGGACCAGCGUCCUUCUGGAGCAAAUGAUGCGUAAGAAGCAGGCGCAGCACCUGGAUGCUCGCUACGUGACCAUGGUGGAGAAUGCCUACUACUACUGCAACCCCCCGCCCAUGGAGAAGACUGUCAGGAAGAAGAGGCCCCCGCUGCAGGAGUACAUCCGCAAACUGCUCUACAAGGACCUCUCCAAGGUCACCACGGAGAAGGUGUUGAGGCAGAUGCGUAAACUCCCCUGGCAGGACCCAGAGUCUAAAGGCUACCUGAUCUGCUGCAUGGUCAACAUCUGGAACGUCAAGUACAACAGCAUCCACUGUGUGGCCAACCUGCUGGCCGGCCUUGUGGCCUACCAGGAGGACGUGGGCAUCCACGUGGUGGACGGGGUCCUGGAGGACAUCCGCCUGGGAAUGGAGGUGAACCAGCCCAAGUUCAACCAGCGUCGGAUCAGCAGUGCCAAGUUCCUGGGGGAGCUCUACAACUACCGCAUGGUGGAGUCAGCGGUCAUCUUCCGCACCCUCUUCUCCUUCAUCUCGUUCGGGGUGAACCCGGACGGCGGCCCCAGCCCCCUGGACCCCCCCGAGCACCUGUUCCGCAUUCGCAUGGUCUGCACCCUGCUGGACACCUGCGGACAGUACUUUGACCGAGGCUCCAGCAAGAGGAAGCUGGACUGCUUCCUCAUCUACUUCCAGAGGUAUAUCUGGUGGAAGAAGAGUGUGGAGGUGUGGAGUGCAGAGCACCAGUUCCCCAUCGACAUUGACUACAUGAUCAGUGACACCCUGGAGCUGCUCCGGCCAAAGAUGAGGCUCUGCAUCUCCCUGGAAGACUCCGCGCGACAGGUCACCGAGCUGGAGAGGGAGUUCCUCGUUAAAUUGGGACUGGCCAUGGAUGGGCAGAAGGACGGCCGGCCCUCCAGUGCCAUGGGGAGUGAAGGCGAGGCGCUAGACGAGGAUGACGACGACGACGACGAAGAGGGAGGGGCGGACACAGAGGAACAGUCUGGCAAUGAGAGCGAGAUGAACGAGCCAGAGGAAGAAGAAGGGUCUGAGAAUGAGGAAGAGGAGCGGGAGGAAGAGGAGGAGGAGAACACCGACUAUCUGACCGACUCCAACAAGGAGAACGAGACAGACGAGGAGAACAAUGAGGUGACCAUCCGUGGUGGCGGUCUGAAGCAUGUGGCAUGUGCGGAGGAUGAGGACUUCAUCCAGGCUCUGGACAAGAUGAUGCUGGAGAACCUGCAGCAGCGGAGCGGGGAGGCGGUGAAGGUGCACCAGUUGGACGUGGCCAUCCCCCUGCAGCUGAAGAGCCAGCUGAAGAAAGGCCCUGGCGGACCCGUCUGCUCUGGGGAGGGGGACGCAGACAUCUCAGACACCAUGCAGUUUGUCAUGCUCACACGCAAGGGGAACAAGCAGCAGUUUAAGAUCUUGAACGUGCCUUUAUCUUCCCACCUGGCUGCCAACCACUUCAACCAGCAGCAGGCAGAGCAGGAGGAGAGGAUGAGGAUGAAGAAGCUCACGCUGGACAUCAACGAGAGACAGGAGCAAGAGGACUACCAAGAAAUGAUGGCGUCUCUGGCCCAGCGGCCUGCUCCUGCCAACACCAACCGGGAGCGGCGCCCGCGUUACCAACACCCCAAAGGGGCACCCAACGCCGACCUCAUCUUCAAGACCGGAGGAAGACGCUAGACCAUUGCAACCUAUGGAUGGAUGGAGCUGCAGUAAUGAUGGAGAAGCUGAUUGGAGUCUAGCUGAGGGAGCGAGCGAAUGAGAGAGCGAGAGAGGGCGAGCGGACCAUCGGUCUCGCCUGAGCAGGGAGUGAGUCCGCCAGCCGCCCACUGACGCAAGCGCAGACACCCCCACCUAACCCCGCCGCCGGAAGAAGAGAAAGAGAAAGGGCAUCAACGAGGGGUGGGGAAGAGGGGGGGCACCCCCUUCAUCCAGCUAAGGCGUUCCAGAGAACUCCCCUUCCUUUCUGUGCGUCACCCGGGACGACACCAGCACAGCAGCACAAACACCCACCCCGUCUCAACAAGAGGAUGAACCAAAAGAUGAAUGAAAGAACGACUGACCAGCUGACGGACGGAUAUAUGUACGGACAGACAUAGACGCAGACAAACAGACGCACGGGCAGCUAGGCAGCAGGACAAGGGAUCACAGUCGUCUUCUCUAUGCUCCCGUGCAGGAUGAGGAUGUGGUGUACAAGGGCUCACAAGAGGAGGAGAACGGACAAAGUGAUAGCAAAGGGGACGGGUGUGACAUCUUUGGAGAUGGACUGUGCUUCUCUUACUAGGAACAGAUUUGUCAUUCAGUCUUUUUAUCUCUUUAUCUAGCUAAAUCACACACUGUUCAAAGGCAGCUCUGAGAGGGGUAUGGAGGAGAGACAGACGGGGUCACCACUACUAAAUGACUUGAUAAACAAGGGAACAAGGAGGCCAGGAUUAUGUACAGAAAGGCGCGGUUGCUUGUGUGUGAGGAUGGGUUACACGUGUAGGAUCUUAAUUUGAGCCAGUUUGCUACAGCGGGACAAUAAUCCUGCAGCAACAGGAAAUGUGAAUUAUUAUGUGGAUUAUGAUUAGUGGGUAUUUUUGUAGGGGUUGAUACAUUUUUGUAAGGGAAAAUCAAGUCUGACAUUUCUAAGUGGAAAUUACAAACUUCAGAAGCAUUUUUAAACCUCAUACACUAAAAGUUUUAAAAUGUCCUGCAUUGCAGCACAGUUCUCCUGCAACAGGGUGAUCAAAUUAAGAUCCUGCAUCUGUACCAUAGAGAUUGUUUGCUCCUCCUAACCCUGUUGGAAAUGGAACACCUUGUCACGGUGACGACCCUGACCCAGAGGCGGGUACGAGACCAGUGUUGACUGACCAGCGAUUCAUCAUCAGAAAUAAAAAAUAAAUAUAAGUGAUGAAUAUAAUACAUAUUCUUUAUUUUUUCAGCAUUUUGGCUUUCUAGAUGUUUCCUUUAUUUUCAUGAAAAAUCUAUACUUUCUUGGGGUGAUAUACAGUUUGUUGAUUUGGAAUUUGUGUGCCGUAUUGUAGUUUUUGACAAAUGGAUAAGAUACUUAUCUGUGCUCUUGCCUCCUGAGCCCUACUCAGUGAUGAUAACUUCUGUUUGAUUGUUUCUGUCUGUUGAAUCUAUAGAUAGAUAAUCUGUACUCUACUGCAUGGGCCUUUCAGCACCAUGGGCCUUUCUGUAAACCAAUUUCUGCCUGUUUCAGUAAAAGUGUCAGUUUGUGACUCAC